AUGUCAGGCACACUGAGGGUUUUGCGAUGGGUUGUGCCCAGCAGGCGCUCCUACUCCUAUUUUUCUCAGAAACCUGGUGGAGGGGGCCGCUUCUUCACAUCAUCUAAGCCUCAUAAAGCACCACCUCGGACGACUAAGCCUCAAAGAGCACCAAUUCCUUCAACGAAUGUAACUACUCCCGUAGAGGCAGAGCCUUCAGGAAGUGCUCAGGUUCCUUCGGAACAUCCGAGUUCGUCUCCUGUUGGGGACUCCGAGUCGCCCGCAACCCUACCUGCUUCACCCCUCUCUGAAUCUCUACCUUUUGCACCUACAUCUCACCCAAGCCCAGUUCUGCCAGCCCUUCAUCUUCAUUCAUUCUUCUCACAGCAUCGCCCUUUUGUCCUCGUUGUUCCGCCCGUGGAGCUCGAACAGGAAAGUAAUACUGCAAUUGACGCCGCCCGGGAUGGGGAAGCAUUCGAUCCGAUGAGCCCCAUCGACGAUCCGGAAGCAGACACGGACACUGCCAGGCUACUUGCCAGGGCUGUUGUCCUGCAGCGUGUUCAGGCAGGCCAAGAGUGGGACUCCAUCCUGAAUCGCCUCGGGAUCGAAGUGGAGAGUAAGGUUAUUCAACUAGACAGUGUCAAGCGUAAACGCAGAAAGAAGAUUACCAAGCACAAGUACAAGAAGCGAAGACGGGCAAGUGCUUUUAUUCCCCGCUUUCAACAUUAUUGAGACAACCGGUCUUCUUUCAGCUACAACGUGCAGAAAGACGACGAUUGAAGAAGAAUUAGAGCGGUCAUUUGGACAUACAUCCAUCCACUGUACACCAUAAAGCGCGUAAUGACUCCACACCAAUUCUCCGAUCUACUAUGGGACGUAUGACGUGAUGGCCGAAUACUCAAGAUGCGGGCUGGCAAGUCUCUUCGACAAGUAGCGGGAAACAACUGAAGAUCCGAGAGUAAAGCGAAAUGAACCUUUGCCCAGAAGUGGAAAACAGAACAAUCUCUCUACUGU